AUGAGGCUUGUAGCCAUGCAGCCGAAAUCCCAUAGAGUCGCGUUGUUAGGCAUUGGCGUUGUCCCGGGCUUCGUUCUUGGGUCAAAGUUUGAGCGAGUGAAGGUUUUUGUUGGCGGUUUGCGGUUUGCUCUAGUUGGGUUUUCCGGCGGUCUCGGCAAGCUCCCAGAAUUCCAGACCGUUACGGAUAAAAUUCACAUCUGCCUUCCUGCUCCCCGCUUCAACAAUAAGACUACCCUUAUAGACACGGCGGAAGGCCUACAGAACAUUGAGAUCAAUUACACUGGCCUAAAGGGCGAGACUAUCGCCUCUGGCGUCAAUUUCAUCGCUCAAAGGAUAUCACGACAUCCUCCCCCUAUCCACUCUUACCUUCCUGGCCAUUGCGUCUUGUCCAUCUCUGCUGUUAUCACCAAGGCAGAAGGCCAUUCAAAAGUCUUCGUCAACAUCUCGUUUAACGAAGAAUCUCUGAGGCUUGUCACCUCUGGUGCUCAUGACGGAACUAUCACCUGGAACUUCGAAUGGUCCAAGAUCCCCACUGAGGAGGGCCAAAACCCUCAGCUUAUCAACGUCAACGCCACUAUCUGGAAUGGCAUUGUUGGUCCUCUAGCCAAGACCUCUAUCAUUGUUCAGGGUUACAUCGUUCACUUUGUUAUUCUCCAGAGGCAGGAGUGA